AUGGCAGAAGAAGAGACGAAGCCGAUUGAGGAGAGCGAAGAACCUAAGCCAAUCAGAGAGGGCGGACGGAAAGAGACCGUACGUCCAUCAUUAGCCGAAGUUUGUGUUGGUUGAAAUGGAAGCGGAGAGGGGUAAGAAACGGCCAUAUAGCGGCUCCGACGAUGAAGGAAAGGCGACGAGGGCUAAGGUGGACGAAGGUGGUGAUCGUACGGUGACGGAGGAGGAGGUGGACGAGUUCUACGCCAUCCUCCGUCGGAUUCACGAGACUUCCAGAACCUUCGCCGUCAGAAAAGGAAAGGGAGGGGUAGUUGGAGGAGGAGGACGCCGGGGGCGUCGUGCUAAUUCAAGUUGGGUGCCGGCGUUUAAGUUGGAGGACUUCGAGGAGAUUGGCACCGUUAAAGUUAAUGGGACGGAGACACCGGCUAACGAGGAGGAGAUCAGCGGUGGAGAGGGGAGGAGACGGUCGGCGUUGGCGGAGGACGGGAUCUCGGUGUGCCUCGACUUGAACACCGAGCCGGAGCACAAGGGCCCUGGCCACGUUAAACCAGAAGCAGUCCGUGGUUCUAUCGGUUAGUUCGUAGAACUUUGUUAAAAAGCAUUUUGGUCACCGUCUCUCUCUCCCGUUUGUAUUUAUGUGUGAAUCUCUUUGUUAAUUUCCAUUUGCGAAGGGAAAAGGUAUGAAGAACAUGAGUUUCCUGAAUUAAGAUUUUAUGUAAUUAAUAUCUGAAUAAAGUGCUCGUUUCUAA